AUGGAGGAGAGGAAUCAACGCGACAAGGAGGUUCAGGAGAAGAAGGCCUUAGUGGAGCAGCGCGUGGAGAUGAACAAGCGUUGGGAGAACCCAGCUGUGUUCCAGUUUGGAGAUGCGGGAGCGGAUCCAGAAGCAACAGCAGCAGCAGGACCAUCGGCUCCGGCCACAGCGGAGCGGGUUGCGAGCGGAGCCGGUGACACCGUGACCUGGAGAAGCGGUGGGAAGGAGUCUCGAAGUGCCCGAGAAGUGGACCAGGCCCAGAGGAGUCAGGGUCGAGAGCUUCCGGCAGCUGACACCUCAGGCGCCCAAGUGGCUUCGACCGAUCCAGCGGUGCGGGAGUGGCGGGAGACGGACGAGGGGAAGAAACCGGGAGACGAAGCAGCUGCCAAGGGCUGCCAAGGGCUGCCAAGGUCCAUUCUAUUUGGGCCGUGCCCUCAUGCAGUUUGGGGCUUCGGGCGGCUUCGGGACACCGGUACGGUUUUGGAGGGCUACCGCAAAUCCUUCCUUGCCUCAUGGGUAGGCGCCGUUCCAGCGGAUGUGGGAGAAGAUGAUCAGAAGAUCCAACUCUUCAUCCAUGCCUUCAAUCAGAUCAAGGAGGCCAGUGGUGUCAAUGAUCCCAACGAGAUCAUCCAAAAGUUCCUCACGCAGGACGACACUCAAAAGAACCUCACCCAGCUCACCAAGGACAACCAUGCUCUCAUUGAGAAGCUCCAAGACGAGCGACGACGUUUGAGGUCUCAAGUGGAGGAGCUCAAGUUCUCCAAUGGCGGUGGUGGAGGCCGACGUCAGGCCAUCGAUGACUUUGAGAGCCACUUGGGCGAAGCGACCGAAAAGUGCGAGCGCAAUCGCGGCAAGUACGAGCGCUUGGCACGGAUGCUUAUCGAUGUCAAGGCGGGCAUUAGUCACCUCGCCGAGUUACUAGUCCCCAUCAAGUUGGAGGGUGAAGCACCUUUGCCGUUAGAGAUGACCGAUGAAACAGUGGAGGAAGUGCUCCAGGAGAGCGAGAAGAAGAUCUCGAAGCUUCUGAGCUUGACGGCCAAAUUCGAGGAUAUCAGCGAGCAUCAGCGGCAAAUGGAUGAAGAGCGAUAUGAAGAGAAGCUCAUGAUGAGAAGUCAGUCCGAGGCCUACGGCCUUUAUUUUGUACCGCUUCUUCUUUUGAGUCGUAAAACCAGCUCUCAAAAAAGAGUUGACCUUCGAGGCUACAGAGGCGUGUUUUUGGGUUUGGAGGGAGGGGGAGAAGCAGAGACUAGAUGUUUUUGGAGUGAUGGGGGGGCUAGUGAGCAUACGCAAACACUGCAUGUAUGGCAUAUUUCUGCUCAAAAGGAUAGCCGGUAUUUACUUUAUGCAUCUUGA